AUAUUCUGAGGCGGUUUUUAUAAAAAGUUUGAGAGCCAUGUUGCUGUUAUAAUAAACAGUCAACCGGCUGUUAGGAUGCGCUCUGCUCAGCGGCCCGCCCCUCAUGGUGUGCACGUCCUGACGUUUUUCCACGUCGCAGCUCUGCCUCACAGGCGAACCAGCUGCGUGUGUAUGCGUGUCUCCAGCUAGGCCAGAGAGUGAUGGCGGCGCCCGUCCUGAGAGUGUCCACCCCUCGGUGGGAGAGAAUAGCUCGGCUUCUUGUUUGCUUUCUGGGCAUAUUGUUAUCCCUGUAUGCUUUUCACGUGGAGAGGGAGAAGGGCCGGGACCCGAGUUACAAAGCCAUGUGCGACCUCAGCAGCUCCAUCAGCUGCUCGAAAGUGUUCAGCUCCAGGUGGGGUCGUGGAUUUGGACUGUUGGGCUCAAUUUUUGGGAAUGAUAGUGUGCUGAACCAACCCAACAGUGUCUACGGGAUACUCUUUUAUGCCUUUCAGCUCCUACUAGGAAUGACAGUCAGCGCAAUGGCCGCCCUUUUUCUCAUGACGACGUCCAUCUUGUCGGUGGUGGGUUCGCUCUACCUGGGCUACAUCCUCUACUUUGUCCUAAAGGACUUCUGCAUCAUCUGCAUCACCACAUAUGCGCUGAACUUCAUUCUCUUUGUUCUCAACUACAAGCGACUGGUUUACUUGAAUGAGGCCUGGAAGCAGCAGCUUCAGGCCAAGCAGGACUGAGCUGCCGAGAGGGGCACGAUUAAAGAAAAAAAUAAACAAACCUGAUGACAACAACGAAACAAAAAAAGAAAUGUGACCUCUGAACAUUUGACUUGCCACCAGAAGACCUUGCUUCCAAACAAUGUUUAUUCUGCUGUGUGUUUUAAAAAAAAAAUGAAGAAAUCUAACUUAAAUGUUGGGCCUGACAUCUCAAUAAUGCUUGCAAACACUGAAGGAUUUGUAAGUGAAAGAUGGUUUUUGUUCUUUUAAUCCACACCCCCCCCCCCCUUCCUGUUUAACCUCUCACAUAUGGGCUCAGCUGCCUGUGUUUGCUUGGAUGGGAAACACAACACCCCUAGCUGGUCGAGGUGGAGGCCCACACAAGACACGCCAGUGGAGGACAGUAUUGAUCUGAACAAAAAUGGAUCGCAGAGAGGAAGAAGAGAUGGGACAUUAAAUGGUGUAGAGAUCAUCUGUACUAAAACUGCUGAGAAACGGUCCCCAAGUCAAAACAAAACGCCCAUUUGGAUACCGUGUAGUCAGCAGAAAAAGUUUUUACAGCAGGUUGAGAAGAGGAUGAUGCAAUGAUUACUGUUUUAUAAAGGAUCAAUUGUUUUGUUUCUUCCAUGUUUACACUUUGUACUACGUCUUUUUUUUUUUUUUUUUGGACGAGGACCACUAAAAUAAACAUGGGACGAUGUGAAAUAAUGUGUGUAGAUCAGUCAGAUUUUUGUUUUUGUUUUUUUGCAAUUCUGUAAAUAGCUGCCGGGCAAUAUUACUGGCUAGAUUGUGUGAUAAAUGUCGACACAAAAAUGAAACCCAACAUACAAAGCAUAAGCGGUAAGAAGAAGACAGUAGAUGUGGAAGGUCACGGCUGGGUGGAUGUGCCCGGGACCUCUUCCUGCUCCAUAAACCUGCUCAAGCAUGUAAGACAGAAGGAUGUCUUUGUUUUUAAGUGGAAAUAAUUACAUCAGACACAGAUCUGCUGAUUGUUUUCAGUUUGCUCAAAGGCACCUUUUACUAUUUGUUUUUUGUUGUUGUGCGAGAAGCAUUCCGGACCACCACACAAGUGGGAUCCAUUGAGACUUAUGUGCCUAAAGGAGUGUUAAGGUGAAUUACUUUUUUAAUGUUGACACCAAUUUUUCAUCAUUGUUUUAUCAUCACGGGAACAUUGCUUUAUUCUCUUUUUAUUAAUGAAAGAUCCAGGCAUGGGCCGGUGUAAGAUUCUUACGGUCUGUCAGCCUCAUCUAAAAAUACCACAGCAUCAUCCUUUCUGCAGUGUUUGUGGCAUAUGAUAUGAUCCCCUUUAGCAGUUCUGAUUCCUUUUAGACCAUGUGUAGUCAGCUUCCAAACAGAAAUACCACUCGUAGUUUUGUAGAAUUAAACAGUGUUAUCUUAAGGUUUAUGGGCUGGGGUACUUUAGUCUUAAUGCCAUGGCUGUCUGAAACAGAUGUCUUUCUUGUUAACAAGUUUAGUAGACUUCUUUCAGCUUGCUGACUGGCAGUGCGCAGCAACAGGUGAGGGAGGAACAGUACUGCAUCCCUCCAUACAGCCAGGGAAAACUGGUCACCUUGACACUUUGUCUAGCAUCUCAUUGAUAGGACCCUAGGAUGGGAAUGACAUGAGGUUUGAGUUUUACUUCAGAAGGUUCUGCAGCUCAUUAAACAUUUUUGAUGUUCUGCUCUUUAAAGAACAACACAAGUAUAGCAAGUUGACUUUAGCUGGUUAGUGAGGCGGUAGAUAAGGUAAGAUGGCGGCGCAUGCGAGGGCUGCAGCCCGGCGCUCUCAUAGUUUUGGCAGCUUCCUUAUUUUUCCACAGUCAACUGAGAGCUGCUAAACGUUUUUUCUUGUGUGAAACGACAAAACUUGUUCCAGCUGGGCAGAAAUGCCGCUUAUAGCUCGCCAAGUCUUCCCUCCUCCUCACCUCUUCUUUAGCUUCCACGCCGACUCUGUCCAUGUUCUUCUCAACCAGAAAUAUUUCCAGACAACCAAAUUUGUCUUUUUAUGGUAGCUGAUUGGCAAUGCGCAGCCGCCGUGCAUUAGCCUAGGUUGGAAAACAAUCAAAUCAGAACUUUCUCUCACAUCUCAUUACAAGGACUUUAAGCAAUUAAAGACUUUAAAAUGAAAUUGAAUCGAGUUUAUAAAACGCUGGUAUACCUUGGUCCCGGCAACCGGUCCAUGCCUGGAAGAUACCACAGAAGUGUUUCUCCCUCUUCUCACGAGGUAGCAAAAGGCUGCUACACUGUGAUUGUCUGUCCAAGCGGUGGAGCGGCCUGCUGGCUGAGGAGUCUUUAGACUCACGGUUACACUACAUGUCACCUGGCUUUUGCAUACGUUUGGUGUUGGUUGAACGUUCGCAGGGAUCAUGAGUUACAUGUGGGGGAAAAAAACAAACUAGUGCACUGUUGAUGUGAACUGCACAUGUGAACCAAGGAGUUAGAUUUAGUAAAGAACUAAAUGUUGCGUUAAGCCGUUUGUGGAUUGUUUUCUGUGUUUUGUUGUGAGAAGACAACAGAGUCCCUCACUGUUGUUUUUGAACGCACCAGGUUUUAGAUCUAACAGUCGGGCCAAAGCAAAACCAGACUGAUUUAUGGAGAAAGCAGAUGUAGCUUUUAGAGAUUUGUUUUCUUCCAUCCAGAAUUCAUUAUUUUUCUUCAUAUGGCCAUAACACAGUCUUACACUUUCAAAGCUCUGUAACAGUCACUGUAAUAAAUGUAAUGGUGUGAUUAAUCUGUGGUAAUAAACCAUCUCGCCUGUGGUUCCCUUUUUUAGUACAAUUUGCAUCCUCCUGUUGUAAAUGAAGGGAGUGCUGAUAAGUGUUGAACCAUGCUUUCAGUGAUGUGCUUCUAGAGAUGACUUGUGAAACUACUGGAAUUAAGUUGAUACCUUAUGCAUCUGUCAUGGUAUGUUGGAACCCCUUCCCACUGCUUGUGUCACUGCAUUGUUGACCAUUUUCUAAGGCAAACCAUGUGUUUUAGUCCUAAUUUUCCUCCUUUACAUUCCAGGCAGACAUUUGUUUCUCUGCAGACCAUAAUCAUUAGUUUUGAAAAGGCACGGGCUGCUAUAGGUUUCUGAUGGUAAUAUCAGUAAUUAGACCAAAAUCCUAACAAACAAUAGAUAACAUAAUUUAGUUGCUUUGACUUCAAACGAGCACAUUCUAAAUUAAAACGUAAAUUUUACUAUUACCAAAGUUUAUUAACAUUAUUUAUUCAGGUGUCUUGAGCAGUUUUAAAAAGUAUAGUAUACACGAUUAUAUAUAUGAUUUUUAUCCUUUCCCAAGUCUGGAAAAGGAUGAAAAACUGUCUUUUUUUAUUACCAGAUAAAACAGACAUUUAAAAAUCAAAAAGGGCAAUUUCACAAUUUUUGGCAUCUACAUCAAUUUAUGUUUAGAUUUUUUUUAAAUAAAGGUGUUACUAAUCCCUAACUGAUUUUAAAGGAUUUAAAUUUAGGAUCACCAAUUUUGAUUUUUCUGUAUUAUUUAUUUUAACUGUCCAGAGGCCAAGAAAAUAGGGAAAUAGCCCUUUACCACGCUGCCAAAUCAGAAGCUAGCUUCAGCACUUUGUUUCAUGAUUUAUGAUAAUUUAUGAGGGAAAAAGAAGAUUAAAUUGAACUAGGUGAAAGGGUUUUUCUCAAAUGUCUAGAUAUCUAUAAAAUUACUUGGAAAUGUCAUAUGAAUAGCAGGGGCACUAUACACUGGAAGUAAAACAAGUUAUUAGCUUUUUAAUUAGUCAGGCUAUCUGCUCUGGUAGCCAGCCCACAGUUGCAGCAUAGUUGCCCAUAGCUCAACAGCUGUUUUUUUUUUUUUUUAAAGCGUCUACUUAGAGUGAUUAGUUACCACACCAUGACUGCCUGCGUUAUUUUGCAACUUGAAGUGGUUCCAAAUUAAUAUAACAAAUUAAAUGUGUCUUUCUUGUAAUUGAGGGAUAUAUAGUAGCCUUCUCUCAGCUAACUGACUAGCAGUGCACUGCAACAUGUGUGGGAGGGGAUUGAUGUGUCUGUUUAUACCCCAGACAGCUGGAGACAAUUUGGGCCAUUCUGACACUGUCUCUGGUAUGGGAGUAAAAGGGCUUUAAACUGUAGGAAUGGUGUGAUGUCAAGUUUGAGCACUUUUAAAAUUAUAACUUUUUAAAAUCUUGAUGCUGAUAACCAGCCCACGCCUGCUUAUAGAAUCUCUAUUUUGCAGUGUCUGGGACACAUUGUGAUGUAUUUGCAGCUUUUUCAUGUCAUACAGAAAUGUAUGGGAACCAAUAGCUGCCUGGAAAAGAAUAGUUCUAGGUUGACAUCAGUUUGCUUUUGCUGCUUGUUAUGUGAACAUCGUUUGUAAAACCAUUUCCAUCCUCAUAAGGAAUGAGCUCAUCAAAGUGUCCAAAGUUUUCCUUUUUCAGAAAAUCUGUCUUUUUCUCAACCCAAAUCAAACUGACAUUAAGCUGCCAGGUUCUUCCUGGUUCCAACCAGAUAUGGGUCUGGUGGGGUAUACAUAGACCUUGCAGUGUGUAGCCACUACACUUAAGUCUUUGAAGUGACUUUGAGGAAAUGAAUUCAGGAAUGUGAAGCAUAAAAGAUCGCUUUGUCGUUGGAUUAUCUGAUGUCAGAGCGAUCAAUUUUCCAUUCUUAUAUUUAUUUAGGCCCUGAAGUAUAACUGCCAUGUUAGUUGCAUCUCUAAUGCCAACAAAUGUGCCUUCUGUUUGAUCACCUGGCCUUGAGCCAAAGACAAGCAACAGUAACAGCCUUGUAAGAACUGCACCAGGCACUUCUGCUUGCCUUCCUAAGGAUGGAAUCACAGAAAUUGGAAAUUCCCAAAGAUUUAAUAGCCAGUAAAAAUAACAAAUGUGUUCACCAAUUACCAGACUGGGUACCCUGUCAAAUCACUGUUUGUUUUAAUAUUCCUAAAUACCACCAUGUAAUUCUCCUGGUUUUGUCUAGAUCAGACUGGUUUGUUCCAAAGGAAUACUCUGUUCAAAUGAGAUUGUAAUUUUGUUCAGUCAUUAAUUUUGCCCUUUAGCUGUAUAGACUGUUAACACUGAGUUAUUUUAGUAAAAAACAAACAAAAAAGUGGAGGGGCUGGAGGGAUUCAUGUCAGUGAAAAUUGUUUAUUAAAAUUCUUCGUGGAGGAAAACUCACUGGGUUUGCUUCUGUAUUGCCAAAUAUGUUUUAAAAUGCUGUAUUUUCUUACAUGGAAAAGUGUUACAAGAAUGGUAGAAAUGUGCAGAGAAAAAUGUUCAAAUUCAUAUAUCCUAAAACCUUGAGACGGCUGGCUAAGGUUGAGCAAAUCUGACCUUGUUGUCUUGUUGAAAUGAUCUACCAUUAAAACAUUCCCUCUGAAACCACCUGUCAUUUUUAGUGAUUUUAAUAAACUCGGCAGCUUUGGCAACAGACGUUUGUUAAGAAGGUGAGACGGACCAACUAUUACACAUUUAUGCUCAUUCAUGACAUACACUGCUUUAAGAGAUGCUCACACAUGCACUGCAGCCCUGAACCUAUUUUUUCCAGGGGGGCGCAUGUGAAGUUGACAUGGGUCACUAUGAGAUCCUCACAUUAUAUGACAACUUUCAGCACAUACCCCACAGUUUCAGAGUAUGAAACACAUACAAUUAUUCCUACAGCUGCCUUUCUAUAAAAUUAAUGCCAUAAACUAGAAUAAAUAAAAUGUAGUCGUUUUAGGUAAAUAAGACUCUUGUGCAGAAUAUUAGCUGCUUAAAUAGUCAGGUUAUCUGCUCUGAUAGCCAGUCAGCUGCUUACCAGACAUGCUGUGAAUAAAGCACUAAAUGUAGCUAUUAGGCUUGUGUAAGAAACAAAUGUUUCCCCCGUUUUCAGAUGCAAUGUAGUGAACCUUCAGUUGUGUAAAACGUUACUGAGGAAGAAAAACCCAUAAAGAACACCUGUCCAAUUAAAUAGCUGCUGUCUGAGUAAGAAAGGAGUAAAAGUCCUGUGUUUGCUGAGUUUUUAACACAAAGGUCAGGGAUGUGAUGAGGGUGUGGGCAGAGACACUGAUAACAGUGAUCACGCCACUAUCCACAUUAGUCACACCACUUAUAUUAACCUUUUCAGGGUGUAUGCAAACAUUUAGUCACAGGAAUGUUAGCAUAUUGUCUUGUAUAUUUUUUUUUACCACAACUCUGUACUGUGAACAAAAAGGGGGAAAAAACUUUACUUUUAAAAAAAUUUUAUUGGAAGAUUCAGACACAAGCAAACUGUUUCCUGCUGAUACUCAUUUGUCAAAUUCAGUUUUACCUUACAAAACAUUUAUUGGUAUUAAAAGUUUUAGUUGUACAUAUCACCAACUUUAAGAGAACUCCCAACAAACUGCUGAAUUCUGAUAUUAAGAAAAAAAAACAAAAAACCAUAAAGAUAAAUGACAAGGACUUGGCUGUAACUCUACUCCAACAGUAUGAUCUCAUAUAAUCCACUGAGCUGUGCUUUAUCUGCCCCAGCUGGUCAAAUAAAAGUGAAACUUAACUGAGGAAAGAUAGUGUUGUGUUCUACUUACCUUAUCUAUACACAUCAGAAUACCCUGAACUAAACAGUCAUCACCUGUGUUUACUGUACAUUUAUUACCUACACACCUAAAGAGGCAUCAGUGAUUCAUUUGUCCAGCAUUAAAACCGAUUAGUAAAAUAUUGCUGGAAGAUUAUCAUAGAGACAAUAGUUCGUCCCCUGAAUCCAGACAACUGAAAAAAGCAAAGCUACAAUCAUCAUGAAAGUGACCUUUUGUUGUUGUGGGAAAAAAAAAACAAGUGAACCACAUUAAACUGAAGGGGGUUGUAGUA